AUGAAUUUGAAUAAUAUGACAAUAUCAGCAGUACGUCCUAGGACAAGUAUACUUGAUAAAUCAUUGAGUAAAGGUAAAGGUGAGGUUAGUUUGAGUUGUUAUGCAUUAUUAUUUUCUGAAUUAGUACAAUAUUGUCAAAAUCGUGUUUAUACUGUACCUGAAUUACAAAAUAAACUUGCUGAAGUUGGAGCAGAUGUUGGCCACCGAGUAACAGAUUUACUAAUAAUGCGAGAUAAAAAUGGAAAACGUGAAAUAAAAUUACUCAACAUAUUAUUAUUUGUAAAGAGUACACUGUGGAAAUCGUUGUUUGGCCGCGAAGCUGAUAAAUUGGAGCACGCAAAUGACGAUGAACGUACAUAUUAUAUUAUCGAAAAAGAAUCGUUGGUUAAUAAAUAUGUGUCAGUACCUAAAGACAAAGGUAGUUUAAACUGUGCGUCAUUUGUUGCCGGUAUUGUCGAAGCUGUGUUAUGUGACUCUGGUUUCCCAGCAAAAGUAACAGCGCAUUGGCAUAAAGGUACAACGUAUAUGGUGAAAUUUGAUGACUCGGUAAUAGCACGAGACAAGCAACUUGAUGACAAAUAAACAUUCAUCAUUAGCAUUAUUAAAUUAUAAUAACUAUAAUUGUGUAUUUAAAAUUUAAUUGAAGAUAAAUGACAAAUAAAUUUUUAUGUAUAUAA